AUGAUUCGUAAACAGCACCCCAUACGAAUGACAGUUUAUAACCGAAAUGUGCGGAGUACUGAUUCCGGUGAUAUUAGUGGUAGUGGAAAUGGUGACAAAAGCGAAAAUUCACGACGUGGUCGACAAAAAAGUGGUUCAAAGAGGAAUAGUGUUGGAGCAAGAAUGUCCAAGGGAUCACUCAAUGAAUCUUCAGAUUCAAGGGCGAAAACUUCUUUGUCAUUUGGUCCACCCAUACCUGAAGAUAUUUUAGAUGAUCUUUGCUUCCGAUUCCUUAUCAAUAUACCAGACGAUCAGAAAAAUGCUCCUGUACGACUCUGCUUUCAAAUCGAAUUGGCACAUUGGUUUUAUAUAGAUUUUUAUUGCAAAGGGAAUAAUUCAAAUGUUAAAUGUCCUGAAGUGAGCAUGAGAGAUUUGGUCGGGCAAAUAUUCAACCAUUGUGAUUUCCUUAUCCAAUACACAGACAACGUAGACAAGGUGAUGGAAGAAUGGCGUAUUUAUAAGUCUGGUGUGCCAACAUAUGGUGCUGCACUCUUGGAUAGCUCACUGAAUUACGUGCUAUUAGUACAGGGAUAUUUUGCAAAGAACAGUUGGGGAUUUCCGAAGGGAAAAAUAAAUGAACAAGAGGAACCGAUGGCUUGCGCUAGUCGAGAGGUAAUGGAAGAAGUUGGUUUUGAUAUUUCUGACAAAAUUUGCAAAACACGUUUGAUUCAAUGUUUUGUGAACGAUACUUUAAUUCGACUGUAUAUAAUACGCGAUGUUCCCAUUGAUUUCCCGUUUGCUCCUAAUACUCGAAACGAAAUAGGCAAGAUUCAGUGGUUCUGUAUUUGGGAUUUACCGAAGGAUCGAAACGACGUUGUCACGUGUGAGCGAAUUGGUAUGUCUCCAAGCAGUUUUUACACCGUGAUUCCGUUCGUCAAAGAGCUGCAAGCAUAUAUUUCGAAAUAUAACACUCACAAUAAGCUGAAACAUAAGCCAGUGGAUGCGAUUAAUAUUAGCACACGUUCAUCAAGCGCGUUUAGUCCUGUGCAGCCUCAGCAGAAGAAUGAGAUGCUAGCACCAGCACUAAGUCCUUUAUUCAACACGAAGACUACAGCAAAUAUGAAUCGUUCAGCGGUUUCUCAUUAUUCUUCCCAGCAUGCAUCACCAAAUUCGGCAUUUUUCAAGCCGCUGACAUCAUCAGCGCAACAUAUUUCAUACACUGGUACCGCCUUUGUACAAAUGUUAUCCGGCGCUUCCUGUACGAGCAUCGAAGAAAGAGUGAAAAUGAAAGAAGUAACAAGACCAGUGCCGACAGUUCCAAAAGCAGCUGUGCCAGUACUUGGUCGUCCAGUAUAUGAUGCAUUCAGAGAUGAAGGGGAAAAGAAGGUAUUUUCAUCCGUACAAGAAUCACCACAGAAAACAUCAUUGAGUGGUAUUCUUUAUCAAGGAAUUAGAAAUGCGAAAGAAGUGACCAACUAUCCGGUUGGUAGUAGCGUACAGAAAGCUGUGGAAUGUGACAGUUGUUUCAGUUUGCCAGUAAAUAAAGAUAUUUCACCACUGCCUCAUAAUCCAGGAGAGGACUUAAUGAAGAAUUAUUUAAAAGGAAUUAGUGGUUGCUUGAAAAACCCAAAGGUUUCAACGACGAGUCAUAUGACUGAAGACAAACCACUCAUUAAUUUGUGCAAUGCCUGGAAAAAUUUCAAAUUCGAUAUUUCGCGAUUAUUUUGA